AUGGGAUAAAGUUUACAUACUUGGUUCGAUAAAAAAAAAUUAGGUAGCUAAUUCAAAUAAAAGACAUAGUUUAAGGGCCUCCUAUUCAAUUAAGUUUUUUUUUUAGAUAGACUUAAUGAUUGAAGUAACGGAUAUAUCAACUUGGAAAAAGAAGUUAGUUAAUGUAUCAUUUAUGAAAAAUAUAUUUAGAUAUUAAAAUGAGAAAAUAACAUAAUUUGUAAAUUAAACAUUUUUUAAAUAGAUUUAACUAAUCGACUAAAUUGGACUAAUAAAGGUGAAAAAAUGUUUAAAUACCAUUUGUGGAAAAAAAGAGUAACAAGAUGAGAAAAAUCUAUAAUUUAAAUACCAAUAGUGAGUAAAGUGAUAUAUCAAAGGAGUGGGAGCUGGCCAGGAUUGAAAAGGAUGGAUGAACUAACGAUGCUUCCAUUUUGAACCUUUGUACUUGAAAGGAAUCAAAUUCUUCUGUUUGGAACAUCAGAAAAUACGAACUGGGGGGACUCACUAGCCUCCUCUGUUCAAACUAAUAUAUCCAGAUUUCCUCUUCUAUUGAGAGUUUGGCAUGGCUGAGAAAAGCAAAAUUUUGAUAAUCGGAGGCACUGGCUAUAUUGGGAAAUUCAUGGUGGAGGCAAGCACCAACCUGGGGCACCCCACUUUUGUAUUGGUCAGAGAGAGGAAGAUUUCUGAUCCUGAAAAAUCAAAGCUGAUUGAGAGUUUCAAGGGCUCUGGAGUAACCAUUCUUUAUGGUGAUAUCUAUGAUCAUGAGAGCUUGUUAAGGGCAAUCAAGCAAGUUGACAUUGUGAUCUCCACAUUAGGCACACAACAGCUAGCGGAUCAAGUAAGGAUAACUGAAGCCAUCAAAGAAGCUGGAAAUGUCAAGAGAUUUCUUCCAUCAGAGUUUGGCAUGGAUGCAGACCGUAUCCACGCAGUGGAGCCAGCUGCGAGCAUAUUCAGGAUCAAGGCUAAAAUUCGAAGAGAAAUUGAGGCUGAAGGGAUACCUUAUACGUAUAUCUCAUCCAAUGCCUUUGCAGGGCAUUUCUUGCCAAAUUUAAUGCAGGAAAAUGCCACUGUUCCUCCUAGGGAUAAGGUAGUCAUACUUGGAGAUGGAAAUCCAAAAGGUAUUUUUGUCCAGGAAGAUGACAUAGCAACUUACACCAUUAAAGCAGCUGAAGAUCCAAGAACCUUGAACAAGAUUCUUUAUAUAAGACCCCCUUCCAAUGUUUUGUCUUCCAAUGAAGUAGUCUCCCUAUGGGAGAGGAAAAUUGGCAAGACCCUUGAAAAGAGCUAUGUUCCUGAGGAACAACUUCUUAACAUCAUUCAAGGACUUCAAUAAAUAUGAAGGAUGAUAGCAGUGGUUGCGCUUGGUUUUCUACAGAGUCACCUGUUCCCUGGAAUUUCUUUUUGUCGUUCGCCCAUCCUAUGUUUGUGAAGGGAGAGGCUCCGAAUUUCAGUAUAGAAGCUUGGUUCGGUGUGGAGGCAUCUGAGCUUUAUCCUGAACUGAAAUAUACUAGUGUUGAUGAGUACCUGCAUCAGUUUGUGUAAAAUACGCCAACUUUGUAUGCCUAACAAAGAAACCAUGCAGUGUUGAAACAACUUCUGUUGCAGUUAUGCCCUUGUUUGCAAUCCAAAUGACAACAUUUCAAGAAA